CGGGGGCUCGGGGGAGGGGGCGGGGGGGCCGCGCCGCGCGAGCCGUUGGGUCUGGCUCGGAGAAGGCGUUGCUGCUGCCGCAGCCGCCACCGCCGGCAGGAAACACAGGAGCGGGACCAAGCGCAGCGCGGCGAUGGGCGGGAGUAGAGCCCCGCCGGAGAGGCUGGGCGGCUGCCGGUGACAGAUUGUGCUCUGUUCCUGCAUGUCCUGCUGCCCUGAACUGUCCUGAGCUCGGUGACAGCGUGUCACGCUGCCACCAUGAACGAGGUGUCCGUCAUCAAAGAAGGCUGGCUCCACAAGCGUGGUGAAUACAUCAAGACGUGGAGGCCCCGGUACUUCCUGCUGAAGAGUGAUGGUUCCUUCAUUGGCUAUAAGGAGCGGCCCGAGGCCCCUGACCAGACCCUGCCCCCUUUAAACAACUUCUCCGUUGCGGAAUGCCAGCUGAUGAAGACGGAGAGACCGCGGCCCAACACGUUUGUCAUACGCUGCUUGCAGUGGACCACAGUCAUCGAGAGGACCUUCCAUGUAGACUCUCCAGAUGAGAGGGAAGAGUGGAUGCGGGCCAUCCAGAUGGUCGCCAACAGCCUCAAGCAGCGGGGCCCAGGCGAGGACCCCAUGGAAUACAAGUGUGGCUCCCCGAGUGACUCUUCUGCAGCUGAGGAGAUGGAAGUGGCAGUUAGCAAGGCACGGGCCAAGGUGACCAUGAAUGACUUCGACUAUCUCAAGCUCCUCGGCAAGGGCACCUUCGGCAAAGUCAUCCUGGUGCGGGAGAAGGCCACCGGCCGCUACUACGCCAUGAAGAUCCUGCGGAAGGAGGUCAUCAUCGCCAAGGAUGAAGUCGCCCACACAGUCACCGAGAGCCGGGUCCUCCAGAACACCAGGCACCCGUUCCUCACUGCGCUGAAGUACGCCUUCCAGACCCAUGACCGCCUGUGCUUCGUGAUGGAGUACGCCAAUGGUGGGGAGCUGUUCUUCCACCUGUCCCGGGAGCGCGUCUUCACGGAGGAGCGGGCCCGCUUUUAUGGUGCAGAGAUCGUCUCGGCCCUGGAGUACCUGCACUCGAGGGAUGUGGUGUACCGCGACAUCAAGCUGGAAAACCUCAUGCUGGACAAAGAUGGCCACAUCAAGAUCACUGACUUUGGCCUGUGCAAAGAGGGCAUCAGUGAUGGGGCCACCAUGAAAACCUUCUGCGGGACCCCCGAAUAUCUGGCACCCGAGGUCCUGGAGGACAACGACUACGGCCGGGCUGUGGACUGGUGGGGGCUGGGCGUGGUCAUGUACGAGAUGAUGUGCGGCCGCCUGCCUUUCUACAACCAGGACCACGAGCGCCUCUUCGAGCUCAUCCUCAUGGAGGAGAUCCGCUUCCCGCGCACGCUCAGCCCCGAGGCCAAGUCCCUGCUGGCUGGGCUGCUGAAGAAGGACCCCAAGCAGAGCUCCCACCACCCUUCAAACCUCAGGUCACAUCUGAGGUCGACACCAGGUACUUCGAUGAUGAGUUCACUGCCCAGUCCAUCACAAUCACACCCCCGGACCGCUAUGACAGCCUGGGCUCUCUUGACCUGGACCAGCGGACUCACUUCCCCCAGUUCUCCUACUCGGCCAGCAUCCGCGAGUGAGCAGUGCCGCCCGCCUGCCCACCGCCGCCACCGCCACCGCCACCACCACGGACAUGCAUGGCUGCCGACGCCGCCGGGGGCUUCGUCUUUUUGUGUUUUUUUUUUCCGUCUUUUUUGUUUGCAUCUCCACCCCUCACCCCUUCCCCCCAUUUCUAGUUUUCAGCCCUCUGCCAAACUCCUCUCAGUGGACCCAGUGGCCCUGCCUCCAGGACCCUGUCUGCCCUCACUUUUGCGCCCAGAUCAGGACUGGGGAGACUGUGCCGCGGCCCCAGGACCUGGCCUUUGGGCAGCUGGGAAGAUUUUGGUUUUUGAUGAACAAGUCCCAGUGGGAGCGGAAGUCGGGGGCCUGCCUGAGGCUGCCUGCUGUGUGCUGUGCCGCCCUCAGAUGCGGACAGCGCUCUGGGGCAGCCUUCCGUGCCUGUCCUCAGGCUCCGAGUGGCCUGGUGAGGGGACAGUCCAGCCCCUCCCCACACAGCAGCGGAAAAGCAGUGAAGUCCAGGGCCAGGCGGGGCCUUCGGGAGCUGCAGGAGCAGAGGUCUAGGGCUCCCUCGGGCUGGGGUCGGUUACCUGGUGGGGAACCCAGAGCGGCCAGGGGGAUGGACGCUGCCUCCCUGUGCCCCACGCUGCUCUCCUGACCCUGUGGACGAAGUAGGAGGAACAUUGGGGCCUAGUCUGCCCACCCCCAAGCCCCGUGCCUUACCAGGGCUUCCUUCCAGCCAGCCUUACCUCCUGCUGGACCUGGGCCUGGCCCUGGCCCCUCCCAGGAUGGGGGCCAGCAUUGCCCCUUCUCUCUGCCUGGGGUGGAGGGGUGCCAGCCUCGGCUGUUACACAUCUCGCACCGAGACAGUAUUGGGCCCCAUGAACUUGGUUGAGGAGGGGCCGGGGAAGGGUGUCUCUGGUACGUACUGGGGUGGGGCCUCUGAGGAGGAGGCUCCAGGCCACCCCCCUCCCCCAGCCCCACGUUCUGCAGCCUUAAGGUGAACGUGUCAGUGCUAUGGGCACUCGCGUGCGUGCGUGCUUGGACUGUGUGCUGUUGGUGUCCUUGUGCAUCUAAGUGCACAUGGGGUGUGUGUGUGUGCAUGUGUGCUGGGUAUGUAUGUGUGUGAGCAAGCGUGUCCCGGCCUCAGGUGUGUGGUGUGUGUGCGUAUGUGUGUGGACUCGGGCCCCUGGCCCUGACCCCAGCAUUUCAUCCCAGGGGGAGGGGUGCUGGCCUAGUGGGAGAGCCACACGUGAGGUCCCCUUGCCGCACUGUCUCUCCCCCUUCCCCACCAGCAUCUCCGGGUGUUUGGAACGUAACUUUUGUGGUUUUGAUCUUCCCACCUCCUGUACUAGGUAGUUCACAGAGAGACAUCUGGGGGGGGUGGGGCUGGUCUGGGGGGUGGGAGGUCUCUCCUUUUUGUGUGUGUAUGUCAUUUAUCUGACAGUUCUCCCUCUUCCCCACUGGCCUUUCCCUGUUCCUCAUAUUUGUACGGUACAAGCAAUAAAGACUCGUUUCAGACCGGG